AUGCGGCCUUGUUUUAUGAAAUUUUGCAGACUACUUUGUUUCGCAUUCAGCACCCCUUUUUAUCUACUGCGGGUUAUUGGCCUGCGUGGCAUGUACAAACGAGUGUUUCCCUUCCUCGCCUACAACGUAACAUUUUCAUACAACGAUAAAACCCACAAGCUGAAGAGAGAACUGUUUCGGAACCUCGGAAGGUUCGCAAACGCUGACGGGACUCUGCGGCUGCUGGAAAUCGGCUGUGGCAGUGGAGCAAACUUCAGGUUUUACCCCUACGGCUGCACGGUGAUCUGCACCGACCCCAAUCCGCACAUGGAGCCGUACCUGCGUAUGAGCAUGGAGGCAAACGAGCACCUGACUUAUGACGAGGUGUUAGUUCUCUCUGGUGAGGACAUGACAGGAGUCGAGGACGGGUCAGUGGACGUCGUGGUCUGCACGCUGGUGCUGUGCUCUGUGGACAACGUGGGAAGGGUCCUGCAGGAGGCCCGACGCAUUCUCAGAAGUGGAGGAGCCUUGUAUUUUCUGGAGCACGUUGUGUCUGAUCCUUCCACGUGGACAUACUUCUGUCAGUACGUCUUCGAGCCUCUGUGGUGCCUCCUUGGAGAUGGCUGCAUGGUCACCAGAGCGACAUGGAGAGACCUGGAGGCAGCUGGCUUCGCUGAGCUUCACCUAAAACACACAGAGGCUCCGGAGGUUUCUUUAAUGAUCAGGCCACACAUCAUGGGAUAUUCGAUUAAAUGAAAUAUGCUUUUUUGUUGUUGUUUCUAGUUAGUUAAGACUUACUUAUUAAUUUAUUUCUUUUCAAAUAAAUUAUCUUUUAAAUUCAGACCAAA